GACCAAAACACAAUGGCGUCGAGGAGAAGGGAGGAUAAAAAUUGGAUCUUUUUCUCUCAAAUGGAAAGUUCUAAUGUUAAAUAAAAAAGAUUUGAAUUUUCGUAAGGAAAGGUCCCAAUCGCCGAGAAAACUCCCAACGACGGUGACGGGUUAAAGGAGGAAGAAGACGACGACGACGAGGACGAUGAGGAUGAGAUUCGAUUCAAAUGUUGAUGAUUGGGCCCCCCCUCCCCCCUUUGUAAACAUAAGAAAAAUGGAUGCUUUUGUUGAAGACGACGACAACGGUCUUGGAGAAGAAGAAGGGUUUAGUUUCUAUGACGAUGAUGUUGUUGAAGACGGUUUUGCUUCUGAUUUCUACAAGGCAGGUUCUGAUUGGUCGUGUUUGUUGGAAGGAGACGAAGAGACAGACAAGGUUACUCCCGAGAGUAAGAAGAUGAAACAAUCCAACUUGUUUGAGGUUUGGGGUUUACAGAAGUUUACUCCUCCUGAGAGUAAUAAGAAGAAGACAACGAAACAAACUGACUUGUUUCAGGUUUGGGGUUUGCAAAAGCCUUCUCCUUCCACUUCAUCUUCGUCCAAAAAGACGAGUACUGCUUCAGGAAAGAGGGUUAGAGAGUCUCCAUGGGCCAAUGACACGCCUCGGCAAUGCCCUUUUUACAAGAAACUUCCAGGAACACCGUUUACUGUUGAUGCCUUUCGCUAUGGUUGUGUUCAAGGCUGUUCUGCUUACUUCCUCACUCACUUUCACGCUGAUCAUUACAUUGGUCUCACUAAAGCUUGGUCUCACGGUCCCAUUUACUGCUCCUCUCUCACUAGUCGUCUUCUCAGACUUAGUCUCUCUGUUAACCCCUCGUUUAUCCAUCCGUUGGAGCUAGAUGUGGAGUACACUAUUAACGGGGUCAAGGUCACUUUAAUUGAAGCUAAUCAUUGCCCUGGUGCUGCCCUCAUUCACUUUCGUCUCUUGGAUGGAACAUGUUAUCUGCAUACUGGAGAUUUCAGGGCUUCUAAACAGAUGCAAACUCAUCCUCUCCUCUUUAACCGGCGAGUUCAUGUCCUGUAUUUGGAUACAACCUAUUGCAAUCCCAGAUACAAAUUCCCUUCUAAAGAAGAUGUGUUAAGUUAUGUUGUGAGAAUCACAAAGGAGUUCCUGAGGAAGCAACCGAGGACUCUGAUUGUGGUUGGUUCUUAUAGCAUUGGAAAAGAAUGUGUUUAUCUAGCUAUUGCCAAAGCACUUGGGGUUAAGGUAUUUGCAAACGCUUCAAGAAGACGGAUACUGCAAUCUCUUGGAUGGGAUGAUAUUUCAAAUAGUCUUUGUACAGAUGGGAAAGCCACAUGUCUUCAUGUUUUGCCUAUGUCAGCAUUGAAAUUUGAAAGACUUGAUGAACACUUGAAGCUUUACAGAGAACAGUAUGGAGCAGUUUUGGCAUUUAGGCCCACAGGUUGGACAUACUCCGAGAAGGUAGGUGAACACCUUGAUAUGAUAAGGCCAACUUCUAGGGGGAAAGUUACUAUAUAUGGGGUUCCAUAUAGUGAGCAUUCAAGCUUCACAGAACUUCGUGAGUUUGUUCAAUUUUUGAGGCCAGAUAAGAUUAUUCCUACGGUGAAUAUCUCUAAUGCUGAGAGCCGCGAGAAAAUGCAGUCAUGUUUUAGAGAAUGGCUCAGACGCUGAGAAUCAACUCUUGGUUGAUGGAUAAUUGCUUCCUGUUGGUAAGAACACUAAUAAGUUUGGAGGUUCCAGCUGUAAUACUUAUUUUUUAAUUUCCAGUUUCUGAAUCCCAAUGUGUUUCUCACUAAAGCUAGUAGGGAAGGAUGCUUGAUGCUUCUGUAACAUCCUGGAUAUUGCAUCUGUAGAAUUGAAGUACUUUCUUGAUUAUUCUAUUGUUGUAAUCAUGUAUAUCUUCAACUGGCUAAUUCUUUUAGUUAUGAUCUCAA